CCGGCGGGCCCCCCCCCGGCGGGCCGCUCGCCGCCACGGCUCCCCCAGGAGGGCCGAGCUGGCGCCUGGGUCUGCCCGGCGGAGAGCGGAGAUGGAGCCGACCACUCCUCCACCACCGCCGCCUCCUCCACCUCUUCCUCCACCAACUCCACCUCCACCUCUUCCUCCGCCAACCCCUCCUCGGCGAUGAUGUCGGGGGCGACGCUGGGCGGAGAGUCGCAACCGCAGCCGCUCGGCUCCUUCCUGUGCAGCGGCUGCGGCCGAGUGGGAGCGUCAUCGACGGUGCCGGCCGGGCCUCUCGCCGGAGUCAGCCACACCCCUCGCUCCGACGACGUCACGGCCCUCACCUCGGACUACGACAGCUCCGUGGAGAACAACCACGUGGGUGAGGGGGAGGGGCGCGGGGGUGGGGGGGGCGACGGCAGCCGCCCCCUCCCCUCCAAACUGCUGCUGCCCCUCGCUGAGGCCCAGGAGGAGGCGGGGUUGCCCUGCUCGCCCACCCUGGUGAUGGAGGGUCUGGAGCCCCUCAUGUCCGGAAUCCACAACUGGAACUUCCCCAUCUUCGAUCUUGUGGAGCUCACCGGGGGUGCCUGCGGUCAAAUCCUCAGCCAGGUGACGUACCGCCUGUUUGAGGACACGGGCCUCUUCGCGCUCUUCAAGAUCCCCGUGGCGGAGUUCAUGCGCUACUUCCACGCGCUGGAGAGCGGAUACCGCCACAUCCCCUACCACAACCGCAUCCACGCGACGGACGUGCUGCACGCCGUGUGGUACCUCACCACGCAGCCCAUCCCCGGAUUCCCUGAGGUCCCCCGCGACCCGAGCGACACGGCCGCGUUCACAAAGUCGCGCACGUGGGGCGCGACGGGAGACAUGGAGUCGGGGUCCUCCGAGUGCUUGGCGGGCGACGCGGAGUCGGGGUACGGGUGCCUGGCGUCGGUCAUCCCCGCGCUGGAGCUGAUGGCGCUGUACGUGGCGGCCGCCAUGCACGACUACGACCACCCUGGCCGCACCAACGCCUUCCUGGUGGCCACCAGCGCCCCGCAGGCCGUGCUGUACAACGACCGCUCGGUGCUGGAGAACCACCACGCGGCGGCCGCCUGGCACCUGCUGAUGUCGCGGCCCGAGUUCAACUUCCUGCCGGGGCUGUGCCACGCGGAGUUCAAGAGGUUCCGCUUCCUCGUCAUCGAGGCCAUCCUCGCCACCGACCUCAAGAAGCACUUCGACUUCCUCGCCGAGUUCAACGCCAAGGUGAGCGGUGCGGACGGCUCGGGCAUCGACUGGAGCCAGGAGAACGACCGCCUCCUCGUCUGCCAGAUGUGCAUCAAGCUGGCGGACAUCAACGGGCCGGCCAAGAUCCGGGAUCUGCACCUCCGCUGGACCACGGGCAUCGUGAACGAGUUCUACCAGCAGGGCGACGAGGAGGCGACUCUGGGCCUGCCCGUGAGCCCCUUCAUGGACCGCACCGCGCCGCAGCUCGCCAAGCUCCAGGAGUCGUUCAUCACGCACAUCGUGGGGCCGCUGUGCCGCUCCUACGACUCGGCGGGCCUCAUGCCGGGGGCCUGGGUGGAGCGCGACCCCGACGAGGCGGGGCGGUCCGCAUCGUCGGACGACGAGGAGGACGACGACGACGAGGAGGAGGACGACGAGGAGGAGGACGAGGACAGCGACGAGGACGGCGACACGCGGCACGCCAAGCGAAUGAGGAAGAAACGCCCGCGCAAGUACUUCUGCCACCUGACGCACCACCUGCUGGAGAACCACGAGAUGUGGAAGCGAGUGAUCGAGGAGGAGGAGGCGGCGGAGGAGGAGGAGGAGGAGGAGGAGAGGAGGAGGACGAAGGCAGCGAUCGCGCCGGCCCAGGGUCAGGGGUCGCCAACGACGACGGCGGCGGCGGCGGCGGAGGCGGAGGAGGAGGAGGAGGAUGGGGAGGAAGGUGGCGACCGGCGGCAGUUCAGGCCCUGUGGCGGUGACGACGGCGCUGCUGACGACGACGACGACGGCGACGGCGACGACGGUGGAGUCGGCCGCGACGCCGGGCGCGGCGCGGGCCGCUCCGACCCCCACCGCGUGCGGCGGAGGAAGCGGGCUCGUCGGUGCAGCCACGAUGGCGCCGCGUCUCACGCCUGACGCGCCAAGGAGGGACUGGGUGCGUGCGGCGGGGCGAGGCCUGCACGGAGCGAGGCCUGCAUGAGGUUUGAAUGGGCGAGGCCUACACGAGUCUCACGGGGCGAGGCCUUGGCGAGGCCUUCACUGGGCGAGGCCUUCGCAUGACAAGGCCUGGGCGAGGCCUUCACUGGGCGAGGCCUUCGCGUGACAAGGCCUGGGCGAGGCCUUCACUGGGCGAGGCCUUCGCGUGACAAGGCCUUGGCGAGGCCUCACGGGGCGAGGCCUUCGCAUGACAAGGCCUGGAAGAGGCCUUCACUGGGCGAGGCCUUCGCAUGACAAGGCCUUGGCGAGGCCUUCACUGGGCGAGGCCUUCGCAUGACAAGGCCUGGGCGAGGCCUUCGCGAGGCCUUCACGGGGCGAGGACUACGUGGGUCCAUAUAGGGUAAACGUAAGGGACCAGGUACCCCAAGCGCCAUCUAUGAAGCGCUGUGCAGGGCUGCAAGCCUAAGGCCUCGCCUGCGCCGCGGCUCUGAAUGUCCCAUGGCCGUGUUUCUUGUAUUUAAGCACAAAAAAAAGAAACGUGUUUGUUUUUCUCUCUCUCUCUGUCACGAAAAAAUCUCUUCACGAUGUAAUCUUCCCACACUUGAGCACUUGGAGGGGGUCCCCAGCGGGGAAUGCCUUCGUCCGGACCCCUCCCGUUCUUCCCUCUCAGGGUUUUUGAGUCACGUUUUGUACACCGCAGGAACAUGCACACGACUUCUCUAGCCUUGUCGAGUGAGUAGCCCCCUAGUGUCCCGUCGGUCUCCCCCCCCCCACAACCCCACCACCACCCCCACCACCACCCCCAUCCGAUGGAAGCAUAUUUUAAGAAGUAAUAAUAAUUUAGUCUUAAGGUAUAAAUGUUGAAGGACGCAAACGGUACGAGCGUUGAUGAUGACGACGUAAGAUCGAUUCGCGAUUUAACUUUUGGGCUAGGCACCCCCCCCAUUCCCUCCCCCCCCACUCCCUUCCUGUAACGGUGCGGGCCAAAUUGACGCCAUGAAGAAGCCUCCAAAACCACAACCGACUGGCGGAAAUUAUCUCUGAAUCGUCGCGCGUAACGAGGGCGUCGUAAAUGACGACAACGAUUGUCUCGACUAGCUCAACGGUUCGGUUUUGAGAUGAACGACCUCUCGCCUACGCGUCACCUGCCGCACGCAAUUGCGACUCGCGCCCAGUGCAGCCUCGGGUAACUCCAGGAUAGCCGGCACGAGAACGCUCGGCGCAGGUCCGAAAAGCGCCAACGCCGCACGCAUCUCCGCUGUUUCCAACGUGGUGGCGACGAUCUUGGUUUUCCCGCGGCGUUUCCCGGCCCAGCGAGUCGCGAGCGACGCGCAACGCCGCCAGCGAAUCACUCGCGACGCCGCGUGGAAAUUCGGGCCCUGCGCAGGCUUCUUUACAACGAAACAUUUGGGCUGAGCCACCUCCCCCCCCC